GAAAUAAUUUCAGUAUCAUUAAAACAAAACUUGCUGUUACUAUAUACAAUUUUAUAUUCUAUUAUACGAUAAUUAAUUAGUUAACUUUUUCUUAUGAAAAAUUUUCGAAUGUCUUUUGAUUACAUGUCUAUAGACAUUGAACAAUCAUUCUCUUUAAACUAGCUUCAUCAGGUUUCAGUCAUCUACAAAUCUGAAAGAGGUAACACUAAAUGGCUCCAAGCAAGAUUAGAAGAGCCCUUGGGGCAGUAAAGGACCAAACGAGCAUAGGCCUAGCAAAAGUUGGCAGUAGCAACUCGCUAUCAGACUUGGAUGUAGCAAUUGUAAAGGCAACUAGGCAUGAAGAGUACCCAGCAGAGGAGAGACACGUACGUGAAAUCCUGAGCUUAACAUCAUAUUCUCGAGCUUAUGUAAGUGCAUGUGUAAACACCCUCUCAAGGAGGCUGAACAAGACAAAGAACUGGACAGUGGCAUUAAAGACACUGGUCUUGAUCCAACGACUACUAGCAGAGGGAGAUCCAGCAUAUGAGCAAGAGAUUUUCUUUGCCACAAGACGAGGGACUAGGCUUCUUAACAUGUCUGAUUUUCGUGAUGCUUCACGUUCUAAUUCAUGGGAUUACUCAGCAUUUGUGCGCACUUAUGCACUAUAUCUUGAUGAAAGGCUUGAGUUUAGGAUGCAAGGACGUCGUGGAAGGCGAAGUGCUUUUGGAAUUGAUGAUGGAGAAGAUGAAGGAGCAACAACUUAUGUGAGAUCUACACCUAUACGUGACAUGAAGAUUGAACAUAUCUUUUCCAGGGUACAACAUUUGCAACAACUUCUUGAACGCUUUUUGGCCUGCCGCCCAACAGGUGGAGCAAAACAUACAAGAGUUGUGAUGGUUGCUCUCUACCCAGUAGUAAAAGAAAGUUUCCAAAUAUAUUAUGACAUAGCGGAAAUAUUGGGUAUUUUAAUUGAUCGUUUCAUGGAGCUAGAGAUCCCUGAUUCUAUCAAAGUUUAUGAUAUUUUUUGCCGUGUCUCAAAGCAGUUUGACGAACUUGAUAACUUCUAUGGAUGGUGUAAAACUGUAGGCAUUUCACGCUCUUCAGAGUACCCUGAAGUUGAGAAAAUUACACAUAAAAAACUAGACCUCAUGGAUGAGUUUAUAAGAGAUAAGUCUGCCUUGGCCCAAAGCAAGCAAGCUAUAACUUAUGAACCAAAUGUUGAAACUAAAGAAGAAGAGUCUAAAGAACCAGAUGAAAAUGAAGUUGAUAUGAAUGCAAUAAAGGCACUACCACCACCUGAGGAUUUCACUGAGGCACCAGCACAAGAAGUACAACAAGAACCAAUAAAGGAAGAGGAAAAACAGGAAAUAUUAGAAAAAGAAGCUGAUUUGUUGAACUUGGGUGAUGAUGCACUAUCAACAGAAGCAUAUGGAAAUCAAUUGGCCUUAGCUUUGUUUGAUGGUGAUGGUGGUGCAUCGACAGGAUCUGCUGCAACAACUCCAGCAUUGGAAGCAUUUAGUGAUGAUACAGCAGAUUGGGAGACAGCUCUAGUUCAAUCAGCAAGUAAUUUUUCCAAUAAAAGGACAAGUCUUGCAGGUGGCUUUGAUAUGAUGUUGCUUGAUGGUAUGUAUCAACAAGGGGCAACAAAUGCAGCAAUAUCAACUCUAGCUAAUGCAGCUAGUGGAAGUGCUAGCAGUGUUGCUCUUGGAUCAGCUGGAAGGCCAGCAAUGUUAGCACUGCCAGCCCCACCAACAGCAGACAAUAGCAGUACAACAUUGCCCAAUGCAGACCCUUUUGCGGCUUCACUAGCAGUUGCCCCACCACCAUAUGUGCAAAUGUCAGACAUGGAGAAGAAGCAGAAGCUUCUGAUGGAUGAGCAGCUAAUGUGGCAACAAUAUGCGAGAGAUGGGAUGCAAGGACAACUUGGAAUAGCAAAGUUACAACCUAAUUCUUACAAUAAUGGGGGUUACACAAGUAGAUACUAAUGGUCCAGUUAUGUGAUUUCAUCAUGUGCUCCAGUUAUUUUUUUUUCUAAGAUGAUUUUUGUAAUUAAGUUAAUUUCCAAACUUUAGUAUAUAAGUGUCUAAAAAAUCUAUAAAAUUAUUUUCACCCACAAAAAUUGGUAAUCCUAAAUGUGAAGACUGGUUUGCAAAGUAGGGAUUCAUGUACAAUCUAUAACA